GCCGCCGCAGCCGCCGCGGCUGCUGCUCCGGCUGCUGCAGGAGGCGGCGCUGGCUGGCGGCUGCGCUCGCUCCAGUCGGCGAGCGGAGCAGCGAGCGAGCGUGUGUGUGUUUUUUAAAGAUGGCCGGAGCGGCGGCGGCGGUGGCCGCGGGAGCAGCAGCUGGAGCCGCCGCGGCAGCCGUGUCGGUGGCGGCUCCGGGCCGGGCCUCGGCGCCCCCGCCGCCCCCGCCGGUGUACUGUGUGUGCCGGCAGCCGUACGACGUGAACCGCUUCAUGAUCGAGUGCGAUAUCUGCAAGGACUGGUUCCACGGCAGCUGUGUUGGUGUAGAAGAACAUCAUGCUGUUGACAUUGACCUUUAUCACUGUCCCAACUGUGCAGUUCUACAUGGUUCCUCCUUGAUGAAAAAGAGGAGGAACUGGCACAGGCAUGACUACACCGAAAUUGAUGAUGGCUCCAAACCAGUGCAGGCUGGGACCAGGACUUUUGUUCAGGAAUUACGUUCUCGAGUCUUCCCAAGUGCCGAUGAAAUCAUUGUAAAGAUGCAUGGCAGCCAGCUGACACAAAGAUACUUGGAGAAACAUGGAUUUGAAGUUCCUAUUAUGGUCCCCAAAUUAGAUGACCUGGGACUCAGGCUCCCUCCACCUGCUUUUUCAGUCAUGGAUGUGGAACGCUAUGUAGGUGGUGACAAAGUGAUAGAUGUCAUUGAUGUGGCAAGGCAGGCAGACAGCAAAAUGACACUUCACAAUUAUGUUAAAUACUUCAUGAAUCCUAACAGACCAAAAGUGUUAAAUGUGAUCAGCCUUGAAUUUUCAGAUACAAAGAUGUCUGAAUUGGUGGAGGUCCCUGAUAUAGCCAGAAAACUGUCCUGGGUGGAAAAUUAUUGGCCAGAUGAUUCAGUUUUUCCCAAGCCAUUUGUUCAGAAAUAUUGCUUAAUGGGAGUUCAAGACAGCUACACAGAUUUCCAUAUUGACUUUGGGGGAACUUCAGUUUGGUACCAUGUCCUCUGGGGUGAGAAGAUUUUCUAUUUGAUAAAACCAACAGAUGAAAACUUGGCACUCUAUGAGUCUUGGAGUUCAUCUGUGACCCAGAGUGAGGUGUUCUUUGGAGAUAAAGUGGAUAAGUGCUACAAAUGUGUGGUAAAGCAGGGACAUACAUUAUUUGUUCCUACAGGGUGGAUACAUGCUGUGCUCACAUCUCAGGACUGUAUGGCUUUUGGAGGGAACUUUCUGCACAACCUUAACAUUGGCAUGCAGCUCAGGUGUUAUGAGAUGGAAAAAAGGCUAAAAACACCAGAUCUUUUCAAAUUCCCUUUCUUUGAAGCCAUAUGUUGGUUUGUAGCCAAAAAUUUGCUGGAAACCUUGAAAGAGCUGAGAGAAGACGGUUUCCAGCCUCAAACGUACCUGGUACAGGGAGUGAAGGCACUGCAUGCUGCUUUAAAAUUAUGGAUGAAGAAAGAACUUGUAUCUGAACAUGCCUUUGAGAUCCCAGACAACGUCAGACCUGGACAUCUUAUUAAAGAACUUUCAAAAGUAAUUCGCGCAAUAGAGGAGGAAAAUGGCAAACCAGUUAAAUCUCAGGGAAUUCCUACUGUGUGUCCAGUUUCACGAUCCUCAAAUGAAGCAACUUCCCCAUAUCAUUCCCGACGAAAGAUGAGGAAACUUCGAGAUCAUAAUGUCCGAACUCCUUCUAAUCUAGACAUCCUAGAGCUCCAUACAAGGGAGGUCCUCAGAAGGUUAGAGAUGUGUCCGUGGGAAGAGGACAUCUUGAGCUCGAAACUGAAUGGAAAAUUUAACAAACAUCUCCAGCCAUCUUCCACGGUACCUGAAUGGAGAGCAAAAGAUAAUGAUCUACGAUUAUUGCUGACAAAUGGAAGGAUAAUUAAGGAUGAGAGACAGCCCUUUGCAGAUCCAAGUCUUUAUACAGCAGAUAGUGAAAAUGAAGAGGACAAGAGAAGGACAAAAAAGGCCAAAAUGAAGAUGGAAGAGAGUUCAGGAAUAGAGGGGGUGGAGAAUGAAGAAUCUCAAAAGCCACUUAACAGGUUUUUUACAAGUGUGAAAUCAGAACUCAGGAAUCGAUCAUCAGAAUAUUCUGAUAUUUCUGAUUCAGAAGACUCUGGACCUGACUGCACUGCACUGAAAAAUAAUUUUACCACUGAAGAGUCUGAAAGUUCAGGUGAUGAAAAGAAACAAGAAAUAACAUCAAACUUCAAGGAGGACUCUACUGUGAUGAGGAACUUUGUUCAAAAGGGCCAGAAGCCAUCUAGGAAUGAAAUUCCAGUUAAAAGGGAAUGUCCUACCUCGACGAGCACAGAGGAAGAAGCGAUUCAGGGCAUGCUGUCUAUGGCAGGGUUGCACUAUUCCACAUGUUUACAAAGGCAGAUACAAAGCACAGACUGCAAUGGUGAAAGAGACUCUCUCCAGGAUCCCAGCGGCUGCCACAGCAGUAACCAUGAGGUCAGACAGGUGUAUCGCUGUGAUAAACCAGUGGAAUGUGGGUACCAUGUCAAGACUGAAGAUCAAGACUUGAGGAGUUCUUCCUGGAGGAAACAGUUGGAUACCACUUCCAGAUUUCAUCUUCAGGAUCUUAGUAGAGGCCAGAAAUGCAUCAAAAAGGAAGGUUCAUCCGAAAUCAUUCAGAAGGUACAAAGUAGAAAUUCUGUGGACAGCAGUGGCUCAAGCCCUCAAAAUGGAAAGUAUACGCAGAAUUCAAGCUUGAUUUCAGGGGCGUGCCAGAUAAAUAAUGGCAGUAUAAGCCCAGAAAGGCCAGUUGGUGAAACUUCCUUUUCAGUGCCCCUUCACCCCACCAAGAGACCUGCAUCAAAUCCACCACCUAUCAGCAACCAGGCAACAAAAGGUAAACGUCCGAAAAAAGGAAUGGCAACAGCCAAGCAACGUCUUGGGAAGAUCCUUAAGUUGAACAGAAAUGGCCACGCCCGUUUCUUUGUGUGACGGGGCUGCUGCUGUGGCCACUCUUCCCUUUGGAGACAGACUGGUUUCGGGGGCGCGGGAGCCUGGAGCUCCGGCCGGGCCCUCGCCCGACGCGGUUUGCAUGUACAGUAGAGAACACUGCCUGAAGAACAAAAUGAACCUGAUGCUGCAUUUUCACUGUGCCACACCCACUCAGCAAUAACCGUUUUGGACCUGGUGGGGGAGAGGAAGAAGGAGGGUAGAACCUUAAAAAGAGACCUUGAACUGGGAAAGGUCUCUUGUCAGGGCUUGAAUUUCAUUUUGUUGUUGGUAGUGUCUUGAUUUAUUUUCAGUAGUAAGGUAAAGAAUUAUCAAUAAUUUAUUUAACAGAUUUUUUUUUUUUAAAGUUAACAGCUUUUAAAUUCUUUCUUUUUUAAAGCUAUUUAUUUGGAAGAUUUCUGGAGAAAUAUCUCACUAAUUUAGAUUUAAGAAUGUGAAAGUUUUUAAAUUAUUUUUGAUAGUGUGUAUGUUACAUGUGGGGAGGAGCCACAGUAACAGUAACUAGUCUGGACUCUUAAAUUUGAUAUUCAGGUUAAAGUCUUAAACAGGGAUUUGAUGCAUUAAUUAUUUUAAAUUAAGAUGUAUAUGAAAAUCAUUUUAUUUUAUAUAUUUCAUGUGUUUUUUAUAAGCUAUUAGCUUCGCUUUUGCUAACAUCCAAGGUGCAUACUGUUAUCCAGGUCGAUUACCUUACAUCCCACCUUCCCUCUGCACUCCCCAUCAUUUUGUGACGACACAAGACUCUUCUCUUUGCAGGGAAACACUUUCGUAGCCAACGUGUAAGAAUUACAUAAAAGAUCCCACAUUUCGCAUUUCGUUUGACAUUGCAGUUUUCUUCUAAUUAUAUAUAAAUAGGCUUCUUGCAUUUUCAUUUUUGCUGAUGAUAUCUGGGUCCCAAAGAGAACAGCUUUAAUAUCUUUUUCCUACCUUUGGGGAAAGGAUCAUAAGUUUGGUUAAAUUGUCAUGUUUAUAGUUUUUCAAAUACAUUUGUAACUACAGAGGGCCUUCUUCAUACUGCUGGUGUUGGAGGGCAGGACGAGCACCUGCCACAGAGGUUAUAUUUUAUGACGCUUUUAUUCUGUGUGUAUCUAACUUGUUGGAAAAUAUGAGAUAUGGUUUGACUUAGUAUAUUCAAAUCUGCAUAAUAAGCCGUAAUAUAAUAGGACUAUACUAUAUUAAGUUGUAUAGAAGCAAGCAUGUUGGAGUAGAUCUUUUGGGUGUAUGUGUGUCUAGUUUCUUAUUUCUUAACUUUCUAAGGAAUUAUUUAAGAUACGGAUCUGGAGUAAAAUGGUGCUUCUUGCAGUUUCUUCCAUAUGUCCUAACUUAACCAGUGCAUAUUGAGAUUAAGUAUCUGGUCGAGCUUUAAGGAAUCGUUUAUCUCCUUUAUGCACAGUUCUUACUAAAUGCCAGUUUUCAGUUGCUCUAAUAGCUUAUAUUUUCCCUUUUCUCCCCCAUGGCAUAAAAAUAAGUGAUUUCUGGGGGUGGGGUGGAGAUAUUCCCAAUUCUGACAAUAGAACAUUUUACAAGUUUCUACAAAGAAAAUAUAGGCAAAUAAGAUAAAAUUUAUUUUUAUGGAGAAGAAAUAUGGCCAUAUUGUGGAUUUGUCUCUUUUUUACUCAGCAAGGUAGCAGGACAUUCCCUUCUGUAUUAAGUGUCACUUGAAGAGCUAAGAAAAAAACCUAUACCAUCAUCUUUCAUGGUUGUAUUCAAAUGUGUAUUUUCAAAGAGAAAUAUUUCUUACUCUGUCUCUAUUCCAGUAUUUCAUGGAAUAAAUAUAAAAUAGCUUAUGAAUUAGCCUUUCUGGUCCAAGCAACUGGACCAAAGUCUGGGUCUUAACUGGGUGUCAGGAAAAAGAAUUGGUAUGGAAAUACUAAAUGUCUGUAAAUGGCCUACUUAAACUCUGUCUACACUAUGCCAAAACUAGUUAAGGAGAUGGGUAUAAUCAGUCAUUUGUUUGGUCAUUGGAUCUCAAGUUGUCAAAAGUUGGGGUUUGACUGAUUCUCCUACCUCCCGAUGUAUUAUUGUGACGUUUUGGUUUUCUGCAGACACCGUUUUAGUGUUAGAGUUCCCAUGAUUUUGUUUGGGUUUAAGAAAUAAGAAUUAUAAUUUCUUCUUCCGGCUACAUCAUGAUCUGGGUUCGCUUUCUUUACAUUUUUCUUAGCUCUAAGUGUUUUUAAUUACCUGACCUCUUUUCUUUAGCUAUAAAAAUGAAAAUCGAUUUAUUUUUAUGAAUUAAAGUGGGGAGCAGUGUCCACCCUGUGUACUUAGGCCAAUAAAUACUAAUUUUAAGUAGCCAGUAUGUAAAAGUAUUAAGUGAAGGUACUGUGGAUUCAUUUUUGGCACAUUUAGCCCAUUAACGGGCUAAGUUAAACCAAAAAACAGCUUUCGGUAGUAUAAUAUAACCACUGAAACAGAAUUCAUGUAUCUUUCUCUGAAUUGGUGAAAAUUCAGCCUACUGGCCCAGUGAGUCUCCUAGUCAAAGGUCUUCUAAAGUUACUGGCUGUGAUGCAUCCUUUCAUCUCAUGGAAAUGACUGAACUUUGAGAUGACUGCAGCCAGGGUCUGGACUCCGCUGUGAUAGACAGCCUUUCAUGUUUUCCUCUGUCUCCUUUAUAAACCAUACUACCACACGGACACUGCAGCAUAGACAAGGAGACAACAGUGGUGGCAUUUAGCUGAUCAUAUGCAAGUAAAUAGGUAAAAACAAUUGCGACUUAACAUAUGUGAUUUUAAUGGUACUAGUAGAUCAUGGUUUUUCUGUAUUGAUUCAAAUAAGUGACUUCUGUUAACCUGGGACCCCCUGUACUGUAACUCAUAAUGUCACACAACAUGCUUUCCAGGAUUGAUUAACGAUGUAAAUAAUACAAAGCUGGCAGUUGAUAGUAGUUUGGCGUCCUAGAAAUACACCGAACUUCGUAAGCAUCAGUUAAGUUUUAAGCAUACAGAGUUAAAAAUUCUGACUGAAAUCGUCUUGUAAACUCAGAGAAAACAAGCCCAUCUUUAUCACAACUUAAAUACUUAGCUUGAAGACUGUUCUGUUUUUUUAAUAAUCCUAAUUAUUGCCUUUUAAAUGAACUCUACUGUACUGACUCGUAUACUAGCAGCAGGUAUUUACGAAACACCUGUGUGCCCAGCACUACUUAGUCCUGUGGGGGAAUUUAAAGUUGAAGUUGUGGUCUCUGCUCUUGAAGGCAUCUUCUCCAAGAAGUAAGCAGUAUUAGUUUCAUUUCUAAGCAAACUUAUGCAAAAGAGGGCCCGUGUAUUUAAAAAAAAAAAAAAAAAAAAAAAAAAAAAGCAUAACUUUAAUAGUUUCAAAGAAGUGGAAGGUUUUUUUUUUUAAUUUUUAAAAUUUAAGAAAUAUUUCAGAAGUUAAUAAUUUAAUGUUGGUAGUAGAGGGGUGUGGUGUAACAUGGAAGGGAGCACGAACCUGGGUUUUUGUCCCAAGUUCUACCGUUUAUGCAUCAGCUGUGUGUCCGGAAAUAAGUCACUCUUUCUGAGUCUUGGUUUUCUCAUUUGUAAGUAUGGACAAAAAUGUGGUUAGGAAAAACAUAGAAAAACAUUCCUUAAUUAUUAACACGUCAUACUUACCGAGAAUUUAUCAUUUAAGUUACAACUGACAGUGCACAUCUCUAUGCAUUUUUAAGUGAAAACUAUUACUCAUAAAUUUUGUUUCACAUACAAUACAUGCCCGGAGCAUGGUACCUAAAAAGUCAGAAGCAUCUCUAACAAGGCAUUGAGUUAAAAUCAGAAUUAGUGCUUGAAGUGGAAGAAAAAGAAAUGAGCUAGUUUAUGGAUAAGGGUUUAUGGAUAACAACAAGUAGCUGUUAUGAUGGUUUAAAGGAACUCAAAGGUGGUUUGAGGUUUUGCUCAAAGAGGAAUUAGGUCAGUGCUGCUCCACAGACUCUUCAGGUACUAGAUAAAGGUAAAAUAAGUCAUGGAAUGAAAAUGGUUUAGCAGCUACCCAAGGAGCCAGGGAAAAAAUAUAAGAUGGUCAAAAGAUGGGAACCAACAAAGCCAGCUCGCAGUUGGCCACGAAGAGCUUGCUGGGUAGAGAGAGAACACACUGUAGUGGGAAAGGAGACUUGACUGGACAUCUUCAGAGGAGAAGAUUCCUUCUGCUCUUUUCCAGAGGUGCUGUCUGUAGUGAUAGGGCUAGUCCCCAAAGAGUGGAUGAGUAAUUGUACGGCCCACUUUACUACUGCCAGGAGUAACUACACUUGAUCUUAGCCAAAAGGCCGAGAAGCGAUACCAGGAGUAACUACUACAGUAUGUAAACAUUUUACAAUUUCAUGUUAAGAAAUGAGGGCUUAAUAAUGUAAAUCUGAACAUUUUUCAAAAAUUCCUUCCCCUUCUCCCUCCCCCAUUAAAUAUUAAGCUAAUUGCUCCCUCCCUGCUAAAAAUCGGCAGUCAUUUUUGGAUGUCCCAGACCUUCACCUAAAGCAAUCUUGAGAAGGCUGAGCUUCAGAUUGUUAGCUUAGGAAAAGAGUGUUGCCAGUAAAUAGAGGAGACCAACGAAAGCCAGGAGGGCAGUGAUUCGCCUGGGGUCACAGUGGAUCCUAGACCUCAGGUCCCUCGCUUCCUGAAGCAGCCCCUGUUGUGUGACCUUGUGCAGCCUCUGCUCCUCCUGUGGUGGAUGACGAUGAUAAGCUUACUAGAAGUCACGUGGAAAGAAAGGGAAAGAAAUAAUAUGCUUACUACGUUGCUGAUGAACGAACGUAAUGUAAUUUUAAUACUGUAGCCUUACUAAAAACCCUUUUCAUAUUUUCAUUUGUUUUUCAGUGAGCUUCCUGCCAUAAGUCAAAUAUUUGAUCCCCUUACAGAAACAAAAUUUUAGAAGUAAGGUCGCUAAGAAGCAAAUGCCUGUUUCCAAAGCAAUCAGCUUAUCAUGACUGUGGUUUUAUUCUUUUAUAGUAUUUUUUCCCUUUAUAAUGGGUAGGGGAAUAUGAUACCCAUUUGCCUGCAUUCUACCCCGUAGACUCUCCCACUCACCCUUGGUGCCCUUUCUAGUGUCCUAAAGCUUUGUCUUAUCAAGUGGAAAAUUAAAUUUUUUGUUAAAACCUUUUUGAAACUGCAUACAGUGAAUCUCCCAAGUUUAUCUGCUCUGCACUAUUUCACUAAUAAACCCUGGCUACCACGUAGCCCUUGACCUCCAAGUAGUUUAUAAACCUAUGCAAGACCUGUGACAUUCUGAAUCCACUUUUAUUUUGGAAAUCAGUCCUAAAUGGAACCUAAUCAUAGAUAAACCUUGCCUCCACCCAGUUUUAUUUUGGCCAUUUCCUUUUCAAGAUGUCAGCUCUUUGUCCCCAAGAUUUUUCACCAAAACAAUGGUCAUAAGUGCUGGAAUAUAUAGUACUUUGCAGGAAUAAAAUAACCCAGACAUACUCUUCUUACGUUUCUUUGGUGAUUUUGGUUGGUGACAGUUACCAGCAUUGAGUGUGAUCUAUAAUGAGGAGUUGAUUCCUUGCCAAGAAUCAUUUCUUCCCUCUAAGAUUCAUAAGUAACCUUUUAUUUUUACAAAGCAUACAUAUAACUUCCACACUAUAGUCAGGGACCUGAGGUGUAACUUGCUAAGUGAACCCCAAGGUUAUUUUAUCUUGCAAAAGAAACCUAAACCAAACUAAGGGCCUUACAUAUAUGGUUAGACUGAAUCAAAAGCUAUAAUAACCUCAGUUUUCUCAAAAACAGCUUCUGACUGCAAAAGCGAUUCAUGCAGUUGUUAGGUGUGAAAUAGCGCUGAUCAGGGAGCACAGUGCACCCUUGCAGACUAUUUCCUUCCGACAAGACUUUUCUACUUUUAAUAUAAAUUAAGCCAUAACAGUUUCAUGCUGUGGAAAGAGGGUGAAAAGGUUCAUUCUAAGAGAUUAUAUAAUAUGAAUUUUCACAUUUACUGUGAAAUGUCUAACUUUGCCAGUGCUUCAGCAGGUUUUUUUUGGGGGGUGGGUGGGGUGUAGAGGGUGGUGAUGCGGGGGUAGUAUUGGUUUUAGGGGUUUUAAAUCUGUGAAAUUUGAAAAGGGGACAGUUGUUGGCUAUGGUAUUUACUAGUUUUGUAGUAACGUUUUGCUAGCCUGACUGACUUUCCUUAACUGAUUUUUAUGCCCAUGGUCCAAGGUGACUGUCACCCUUUCUUGUUUGGGGUGUCUGCGGAGUAGUGUCUUGUCUGUUUGUAUAGGCAGUUGGUAUGUGUGCACAUGUGUGUCCUUUGAAUACAGAAGCACACGGUGUGACAACAGAGUGGGGUGUGGCUGGGAAAUGGGAUGCGGAAGCUUUAAGAGCAUUUUUUUUGGAUUCGUAACAGUAUUUCCCAUCUUUUGCCUGCAGGCGGGGAAAGUGUACAGUAUUUAUUUUGUUUCUGUUUUCACUUUGUAAGUCUUCAAGUAGCUUACAUUGGUUAUUCUAGGGGAGGACAAGUGACUUGUUUCAAGUUGUAUUUAGUAUUCUUACUUUCCAAUUUCUGUAUUUUAAAAUAUUGAAAUUAAAAUUGUAUUACUUCUGUUUUGA